AUGCAUUCCAUAGGCAUAUUCACCCACAACAUAUUCUGGUGUCAAUGCCAUGGAUCUGAACCUCAGCAGCAUGUGCAGCUGCUCAAUGCAGGAUUGUUUCCAGCCAGUAUAUCACAUCCUCAAACUGCUUUCACCUUUGAAGUCCUUGAUCAUUUCCUCAUUGAUGCACUUGAAUGCAAGACCUCUGCCAUGAGCUUCUUUCCAAAGCUUCAUUGUCUCACAAAUAAUGCUUCUCCAGACUUUGUUCUGAAUCAGUAUCAUGAACUCAUGAGGACAUCUCAUCAAUUCAGAGAUUUGAUGAAUCGUAAAAGGUUCAGAUUUGGUCAUGAUAUGAAGGUACAACCUGGUCAGGGUGAGCUAGCUUCAUUCUGUGCUGCCUGUCCACAGUCUGGCAUCAAUAUGCCACUGUCUUGGCAUGACAAGUAUGCAAGGCAAGUAAGAUACAUUGUGGAUGGAAACUUCACUGCUCAACACAUGAACAUGAAACAGCCUCAGCUUGAUGUUUCCCUCUCUGAUGGCCUAGGGUACAUGGUGACUGAAGGUGAGUGCCAGGCUCAUUUAUCAUCAGCUGUGGAAAGUAAGGAGGUAUGUUCAUUUUUGUUGCUUUGA